GGGUCCCCCGGGGGGAGCGUGGGUCUCUGAAUUUUGGAGAAGAGGGGGCGGGACAGGAAGUCACGUGCGCUCCCCUUGCCCGUCAGUCACGGGGGCGAGGCCGCUGGAGCGGUGUCUGGGGCGAUGGCGGUGGAGACUCUGUCCCCAGACUGGGAGUUUGACCGCCUGGAUGACGGCUCGCAGAAAAUUCAUGCUGAAGUCCAGCUGAAGAAUUAUGGGAAAUUUCUCGAAGAGUACACCUCCCAGCUAAGAAGAAUUGAAGAUGCUCUGGAUAGCUCUGUGGGCGAUGUUUGGGACUUCAGGCUUGACCCUAUAGCACUAAAGUUGUUGCCUUAUGAACAGUCUUCCCUUUUGGAGCUCAUAAAGACAGAAAACAAGGUCUUAAACAAAGUCAUCACUGUGUAUGCUGCUCUUUGUUGUGAAAUCAAGAAAUUAAAGUAUGAGGCUGAAACUAAAUUUUACAAUGGUCUUUUGUUUUAUGGGGAAGGAGCCACAGAUUCCAGCAUGGCGGAAGGUGAUUGCCAAAUUCAAAUGGGGAGAUUCAUUUCAUUCUUACAGGAACUCUCUUGUUUUGUUACGAGGUGCUAUGAAGUGGUGAUGAAUGUAGUCCAUCAAUUGGCCGCCCUUUAUAUCAGUAACAAGAUUGCACCCAAAAUCAUAGAAACAACUGGAGUCCAUUUUCAGACUAUGUAUGAGCACCUGGGAGAGCUGCUAACAGUUUUACUUACACUGGAUGAAAUUGUUGAGAAUCAUGCUACCUUGAAAGACCAUUGGACAAUGUAUAAAAGGUUACUAAAGUCUGUCCAUCACAAUCCUUCAAAGUUUGGGAUCCAGGAAGAAAAACUGAAGCCAUUUGAGAAGUUUUUGCAAAAGCUAGAAGGACAGUUACUUGACGGAAUGAUAUUCCAGGCCUGUAUAGAGCAACAGUUUGAUUCCCUUAAUGGAGGAGUAUCUGUGUCAAAGAAUAGUACUUUUGCUGAAGAAUUUGCACAUAGUAUACGCACAAUUUUUGCCAACGUAGAAGCCAAACUUGGUGAACCCUCUGAAAUUGAUCAGAGAGACAAAUACGUUGGAGUUUGUGGACUUUUUGUGUUGCACUUCCAGAUUUUUCGGACUGUAGAUAAAAAAUUUUAUAAAUCUUUAUUGGACAUUUGUAAGAAGGUUCCAGCCAUCACUUUAACUGCUAACAUCAUUUGGUUUGCGGAUAACUUUUUGAUCCAGAAAAUGCCAGCAGCUGCCAAACUCCUUGACAAAAAAAGCCUUCAUGCCAUUAAAACACACAGGGACACUUUUCUACAACAAAAGGCCCAAUCACUUACCAAAGAUGUACAGUCUUAUUACGUCUUUGUUAGCUCAUGGAUGAUGAAAAUGGAAUCCAUUUCAUCUAAAGAGCAGCGAAUGGAUAAGUUUGCUGAAGACCUCACCAAUAGAUGCAAUGUUUUUAUACAGGGUUUUUUAUAUGCAUACAGCAUUAGCACCAUUAUUAAAACUACAAUGAAUCUCUACAUGUCCCUGCAGAAGCCAAUGACCAAAACUUCAGUCAAAGCCUUAUGCAGACUUAUUGAACUUCUCAAGGCAAUAGAACAUACAUUUUACAGAAGGAGUAUGGUUGUAGCUGAUUCUGUUUCGCACAUAACCCAACAUCUUCAACAUCAAGCUCUUCAUUCCAUUGCUGUGGCCAAGAAAAGAGUAAUUUCGGAUAAAAAGUACAGUGAGCAGCGUCUCGAUGUCCUUUCUGCCCUCGUGUUAGCUGAGAAUGCUCUUAAUGGGCCGAGCACCCGUCAGAGGCGCCUCAUCCUUUCCUUGGCUCUGAGUGUGGGCACCCAGAUGAAAACUUUUAAGGAUGAAGAGCUCCUUCCUCUCCAAGUAGUGAUGAAAAAACUGGAUCUGAUAAGUGAACUUAGAGAAAGAAUCCAAACACAGUGUGAUUGCUGUUUCCUAUACUGGCAUCGAGCUGUCUUUCCAAUUUAUUUAGAUGAUGUAUAUGAAAAUGCUGUUGAUGCAGCUAGAUUACAUUACAUGUUCAGUGCUUUACGGGAUUGUGUACCUGCUAUGGUGUGUGCAAGACAUUUAGAGUCUUAUGAAGUCCUUCUGAAUUGCUAUGACAAGGAGAUUAUGGAAAUUUUAAAUGAGCAUCUGCUAGAGAAGCUGUGCAGAGAGAUUGAGAAAGACCUGCGCCUGUCUGUGCACACCCAUCUCAAGCUGGAUGACCGGAAUCCCUUCAGAGUUGGCAUGAAAGACCUGGCCCUCUUCUUCUCCCUGAACCCCAUUCGCUUCUUCAAUCGCUUCAUUGACAUUCGGGCUUUUGUAACGCAUUAUUUGGACAAGACUUUCUACAACCUCACAACAGUCGCUCUUCAUGACUGGGCCACUUACAGUGAAAUGAGGAAUUUAGCAACUCAGCGUUAUGGCUUAGUCAUGACGGAGGCCCAUCUUCCCAGUCAGACUUUGGAGCAGGGUCUGGAUGUUUUGGAAAUCAUGAGAAACAUUCAUGUAUUUGUGUCCCGAUACCUCUACAACCUCAAUAACCAGAUAUUCAUUGAAAGGACCAGCAACAAUAAGCAUUUGAAUACAAUUAACAUCCGACAUAUUGCAAAUUCAAUUCGCACCCAUGGGACAGGAAUCAUGAACACAACAGUUAAUUUCACCUACCAGUUUUUGAGAAAGAAGUUCUAUAUAUUUAGCCAAUUUAUGUAUGAUGAACACAUCAAAUCCAGGUUGAUCAAAGAUAUCAGGUUUUUCAGGGAAGUCAAGGAUCAAAAUGAUCAUAAGUAUCCUUUUGAAAGAGCAGAAAAAUUCAAUAGAGGAAUCAGAAAACUUGGAAUAACACCAGAUGGACAGAGUUACCUCGAUCAGUUUAGACAGCUCAUCAGCCAAAUAGGUAAUGCGAUGGGCUAUGUGCGAAUGAUCCGGUCGGGUGGGCUCCACUGCAGCAGCAAUGCCAUCAGGUUUGUUCCUGAUCUUGAAGAUAUUGUCAAUUUUGAAGAACUUGUUAAAGAAGAAGGGCUUUCAGAGGAAACACUCAAGGCAGCCAGGCAGCUGGACUCGGUCCUCAGCGACCACACACGGAAUUCUGCUGAAGGCACAGAGUAUUUCAAGAUGCUGGUGGAUGUUUUUGCUCCCGAAUUCCGGAGUCCCAAGAAUAUGCACCUCCGAAAUUUCCACAUCAUCGUCCCUCCCCUGACCCUCAAUUUUGUAGAACAUUCCAUUAGCUGCAAGGAGAAAUUGAAUAAAAAGAAUAAAAUGGGAGCAGCUUUUACCGAUGAUGGCUUUGCCAUGGGUGUGGCUUAUAUUCUCAAGCUUCUGGAUCAAUAUCAGGAGUUUGAUUCGCUUCACUGGUUCCAGUCAGCCAGAGAGAAGUACCUCAAGGAGAUGAGGGCUGUGGUCAAGCAGCAGAAUGUGCAGUCAACCAGUCAGGAUGAGAAACUGCUGCAGACGAUGAAUCUGACCCAGAAGCGCCUCGAUGUCUACUUACAGGAAUUUGAGUUACUCUAUUUCUCACUGAGUAGUGCGAGAAUUUUCUUUAGAGCAGACAAGACUGCAGCUGAAGAAAACCAAGAAAAGAAGGAGAAAGAAGAAGAAAAUAAAGCAAGUGGUGAAGACCCCGCACCCAGCAGUGGCAGUUCUGCCCUCACCGAUCCUGUGGUGAAGUGAUUUUGAGGCUGGGCUUGGGGAGCAUCAGAUUAUAAUCCAAGUGGAUUCUCAUGAAAUAAUAUUUGCACUGUGCAGGCAUUAAAGAAAAAAAAAAAAAGAAACAAAAACACUGUGAGAAUAAGAUAUAAUGUAAUAACUGAAAUCCCUUACAGCUUUUACAGCUUCCAGAAGGCUUGAGUAUCAUUAGCUGUGGGCUGGCUGCUAGAUUUAUUUUUAUCAAGUUGUACCAAUUAACAAUUAAAAGGUCAAUCUUAGCACAUUAGAAUGCAUUUAAAAGGUUAGUUUAGAAAGGGAUUUUACUUUCUUAAUGUAACUCAAAUUUAAAUCCAGGAAAGACUUGUUUUUCUGUCGUAUUUGCCUGUCCUAGCAUUUCUUUUGAGAAAUACUUUAAUUUAUUCCAAGAUUGGUCUUUUGACUUCCACCCCUUAGGAACCAUGCAUGGUGUCCUUCCAUCCUCCGUGGACUCAUUGAUGAUAAUCAGUGUUACCUCUUCCAGAAUAAACAUGUUUCUUUUGAAAGUCAAAGGAAGCAUAAUAUUGUGGGAUUGUUUUUGCUUCUUUUGUAAACAUGACCUUAUAGCAUCAUGGGUUUGGUAAUGUCCUAAAGGAAUUCUGGCCUUGAUUUGUGCUUCAUCCUAACUGCAGAAAUGGCCCUAAAGCAUGCUGCAUAAUUCAGCCUUUUUAUUUUUGAAUGUUUUUAAAUGAUCUUGCAAUUAAUUGUACCAAAUUAGCCAUUGCCUUGCAAUAAUCCCCACAGUAUUACUAUUCUAACUUUAAACCCCUGUGGGACAUCCAAUAUCAACAAAUUGUAAUUGGAGGGAGAAUUGACUCUUGCCUUUCAAUGGAGACCACAAAACACUGUCACAGUUGAAGGCUUCCCUAUCACUAGAUCAAACUCACACUUUGACCUCUCUUCUUACCUGACCAUUGGAAAGAGUUGGGUUUUACUGUUCACAGUGUUUUGACAAGUCUGUAGAGGGCUAACAAAUCCAUGUGUGGGACCAGACCCUUGAGAGGAUGCUGAAGCACUUGGCUGGGCUCUUUGGUCACAGAACUGGAGGAAGGCAUGGAUAUUCAUGUCCAUUGGACUUUAAGACAAAGCUUUCCUUGUGGAUUCCCAUAGCCUCUUAUUUUUCUAAUGUACUAUAAUUUAGGGAUGAAUGUAAGCACUCAUUAUAAGUUCUUUAAUAACAAAGAUAAUCAAAUUCUCAGGAAUUAAGGACCAAGUAUAACAUUGUCUCUUCUGUUAUUAAAAAAAAAAAAAUUUGUUAACCUUAUUUCUGUUGUCAGCCUCCCUACUCUUCACCCUCCCAUUUGUGGAGCAGAAUAUACUCUGUUCUGUACAUUAAACCAUGUCAGUAAAUUUAACAGUUUUUUUUUUCCCCUUGAAUUUUUAUGUUCAGAAUUAAAUGUCUUAUAAAAAA